UUAUCACUGAAUAUCGUAUAAACUCAUGUGUAUAGAAAAAUCAUAUUAAAAGAGACAUUUUGUGAUAUACUAUUAAUAUUAUUUAGGCCUGUAUUUCCAACUAAAUCCCCACAAGCUCGUUUGUAAUACUGAUGGCUGAACCAAAGGUGGUUUGUUAAAUAUUUACUAGGAAAGAAUGAAUAAAAGUUUGACUUUAUAGUUUAGUAGUUUUGUGCUGGAAUAUGAAUCACUGUCUAUUAACGCUGAUUUAAUGAAUCAAGGUUCAUUAAAUCAAUAGUAGGCUACGUUGACACAACACAACGCCGGUUUCCUUCCAAAGACGAGCGUGUUUAAUUUUUGGCGGUUUUAUCUAACGUCAUUACAUUAACGUUACCGGUUUACUCGCGUUAAGGACGAGAAGGCGGUUAUGUUUCACUUUCAGUCGCUUUUUAAGAGGGAAGAGAUGGAGCAGUUUCUGGGUUAUGGGGCUGGUCUUCACACUGAGGGAAGGAUGGAUGAGUUUUACUCUCCUGUCGUUUUUGCAGCUGUGGACUAACAGUGAUUGAACCACGGUAAAAAGUGACUGGUAAAAGGACUGAACAGAGCUUUGCAUUCUGAAACCGUUAAGAUGAUGGAAAAACCAAACACCAUUCAGCCUCAACAUGCACCAGUUUAUCCUGAGGUCUUCUACCAACACACUUGACCUGAUAUUUCUGAUUGGAAUUGACUGCAUAAAUUCAUCCAUUUAUUCCUGACGUUCCUUCCAGGUACCUUGUGAAUCAUCACAGGUGUGUCACUGCUAACAUUUGCGACCCCUGAAUAAUUUCUACAGUUUGAUUCACAUCCAGAGGGAAGCUAACUGGAGGAACGUCAUGAGGCCUACAGGUCUAAGUCCAGCGGUUGCACAGCUGGACCAGUGUGGCCUUGUGAACAAUGAUGAAAAAUACCUGUCUUCUUUAAACCAAGCUGUUCACAUGGAAGCUCUGAAGAUGUGGAGCUUGUCUGAGUCGCCUGUGUCGAUAACAACAGAUGAUUUCGAUUUGGUCUGUUCCACAGAAAGAACCAUUGUGUCCUAUAUCAGCAGCGCAAAGAGUGACACGUCGGUUGUAGAUAACCUAUCGCACGUGAGUGACACAUUGUCCCCUUCCUUAUUCUGCUCCUCCCUGUCCACGUCAUCUUUCAGUGCCUUCUCUCCAUCCUUCUCCUCUCCUUCCUCAAGCCACUCAUCUGGCUCAAUGUCAGAGCUGUGUUUGACUUCUCCAUCUCUUUCGACUCUCUGCGGUCCACCUGAGGCCCAGGACCUUCUCUACAGUUGCACACCACAGAAACCUCCAGAAGGAUGUUUAUAUCCCAAGUCUCCUAAACAAGAACCUGUUGCUGAAUUCCAUCUUUGUAACGAGAAGCUUCUGCACAAGGAAGAUCUCCUUCAGUAUCUCUGCACUGACACAGACGCAGCCAAAGAACAAAGCCAGCAUCUUAACCUUCACAAUACUCAGACAGAAGUGUCAGAAAAGCUUCCUACACUGCAGCAGUUGAAGAAUGAUCUGGGACUAAGUGGGCUUCCUGGGGCUGAGGGAAUGAAUGAACACCUGAGUGAAGAACAGCCGUGCAGAUGGAUGGAUUGUAGGGCUACCUAUGGGCUGAAAGAAGAACUGGUGAGACAUAUAGAGAAGGUUCACAUAGAUCAGCGAAAAGGCGAGGAAUUUACCUGCUUCUGGGCAGGAUGUGUCCGUCGGCACAAGCCCUUCAAUGCUCGAUACAAACUGCUCAUUCAUAUGAGAGUCCAUUCUGGUGAAAAGCCCAACAAAUGCAUGUUUGAAGGCUGCAAUAAGGCAUUUUCCCGUCUGGAGAACUUGAAGAUCCACCUGCGCAGCCACACCGGAGAGAAGCCCUACAUUUGCCAGCAUCCCGGCUGUCUCAAGGCCUUCAGCAACUCCAGUGAUCGAGCCAAACAUCAGCGCACACAUCUCGACACGAAACCGUAUGCAUGUCAGCUCCCAGGGUGCACCAAACGUUACACCGACCCCAGCUCAUUGCGCAAACACGUCAAGGUCCACUCCAGUAAAGCCCUGCAGGCACAGGAAAAGGUCCAGCUAUAUAAUAAGGUGGAGCAGGAAGUUGGGGAUGUGUGCCUUGGCUUGCAGCAUCUUCAUGGCUCCGCUCCUUCAGUACAGAGUCCAGACCAUAGGCGUCCUGCUUCCCUCAGUGAGAUUCAUCAGGAGGGUUUUACUGUCUACCCUGAGGAAGAUGAAUCCUGUAGCAGAGCCUUAUCUCUGGAGCAGCCUCGCAGACACGGCAGCAUCAGCCUCCACAACCAUCUGCACAACAACAAGCUCAGUCAGCCGAGACUUUCUCCACUGGUUUGUGGAAUCAACCUGGUCAGUGGUACCAAUGAGGUUCAGUCUGUCUCUGACAAACACAGCUCCUUCCCAAACCCACAUCAAAAACUCAACCAGAUGUUUCAUGAAGUACCAGUAAAUCACCAUGUUUUCCAGGCCACUUUUAAUCGAGUUGAGCCGAUUUACUGCAAUGGAAGAGAUGAUCUGCAUAAUUUUGACCAAAAUGGAUUUCCUUUUACGUGUGUGAACUCUUCUGGCUACAGUCUAUCCCAGGACAUACAGUCGGGGGGUAAUCGCCUCACUCCCUGUCCCGUUCCAGUUGGGAUCUAUGAGCGCUGCCUCAGUCAGAUCUGUUCUCUCUAGACUUCAGACACACCUUCGGUCCACUCACUGCACCUGAGAGCAGCAGCACAGGAACAACAGGAAAGCAUGGGCCUUUGAGGAAGUGCAGUUGUGAAUGAAGACUCUUUAAAGAGAACUGUAUGAGGCAAUAUCCUCUGAGAGUUUCCUCGAGCAGUGAAUUAACAAUCAGAGAAACUCCUCAGAUCGGACACUAAUGAUGAUGUUACAGCCUUGUGUUUUAAUGUUAAAUAGACACUGUAAUUUUCUCUUUAAGUGUGCACAGAGAAUGUGGAGGAGAGAUGCUGUUUACAUUGAGUUGGUAGCAUGACAUUUCUUGGUUUUGGUGUAUUUUUUAAGCAUUAUAUUCUAUCUCAUAAUAUGUGAUGUUAGUGUCACCUCAUACGAUGUAACAUUUUGCUUUCUUUCUCAAUUAAAUUAGAGACAAUUUAAGAAAAAAA